AACAGUGCACACAAUCACAAGCACUAAGAAAAUACAUAUUUUAAGGAAACGCAGAACCUAGCUGUGUUUUCCAUUGCUUCUAUUUCAUUUUCUCCAUUGCUUCUAUUUCACUUCCUUUCAGUCAUUUUUAUAAAACAUGCAGUUUUGUAUAAAUGGUUACAUAUCUCAAUACACGGUUCACUCGGGAAACACGCAUCUGUAUGUAAGAGACGUAAAUUUAGCGCGUGAGUUCCCACAUAAUUGUUUACCAUAUUAAAUAAUAAUUCAGAUGCUAUUUAUUUACGUAGCUGACGUAAAUGUUUUAAAUGAAUUACUUUCAGAAAUGUGCCGUAACGUCGUCUGUCCCUAAAUAAACGUUCAUGUUAAAACGUUAUCUCUUUUUUUUUCAUAGAGCAUCACAAUAAUGAUUUUAUGUGUUUAUUAUUUAAAUCAUUUAAUGAGGACGCAAACGUGCGCACGAUCUGGGAUGGCGUCAAGAGUAGCCUCUUAUCUUACACGGCAUUGUUUACCUUAGCAACCAUGGCGGAAACGACAGAGGACGACAAAAGCAACACUGAUAAAAAACAACUUGUUGAACUGGUGGAGGACUUGAAACGCUCCAAUGCAGCUCAACAAGCAGAGAUCGAUAUGUUUGAGCGAUAUAUUAGUAGGCUGGACCUGCAGCCUCAAUCGGAGAAUUAUGAAACAGCAUCACACAUAGAAACGGCAACGAGUCCAGGAAGGAAAGUUAAAGCGCGCACUCCAGAGAGACAACAGCUGCUGACACUAGAACAGAAAUGUGAUGUCGCCGAAAGCAUGCACAAACACAUGACUGAGGAUUUAAAGAGAGCUCGAGACUUUUCAGAAAGAGAGCUGGACAAUUACAAGGCAACUCUGGAAGAAGCUGAUAUCCACUUGGCAGAGGUUAAAAAAGAAUAUUGCCAGUUUGAUCGUGACAUCGGUACAGCUCUCCGGGAUAAAAAGAGCGUGACGAUGAGUGCCGAGAAGGUCAUCAGGUACAUCGAGGAUAAAGUAAAGGCCAAGGAGAACAUGGUUGAGAAGUUGCUUCAGAAGAAUGCGGCUCUCCUCACAUACAAGAAAAAAAUUAAAAUCCAGUUAAAACAACAAGAGGAGAUGGGUGAAGGUCUGACAGCUUUGGAUUUCGAGCAGCUCAAAUUUGGGAACAUGAAAUGUAGGAAGCGACUGGAUGAGCAAAACCUCAGACAUGUGGAGCUCAAACUACUCGCAGGGAAGACCUUGCAGGUCUUGAAUUCGAAUAAGGAGAAACUUCAGUCCUUGACACAUGAGUCAGAUGUGCUGAGCAGUGAUGCUGCUUUACGGGCUAAGUUACUGAUUAAGUUUGAAGAGGAGACCAAACAAGCAGAGGAGGAACGAAACAAAGCAGAGGCUUUGAACAGGAAGUUAAGGGGCCAGUUGGCUGAUUUUCACGUACCGCAUGUCCUACAAUACAUCAAAGUUAAGGAGUCUCACUGUCAGCUGAAGAAGAGUGUUAAAGAAUGGGAACGCAAGGUGGAGAUUGCAGAGAUGGCACUAAAAACAUAUUCCAAGUCCUGGGACAAGCUGCGGAUCAGCGCUGGAGCCAGAGCAGUUCCUGUCCGACGUGCAGCCGUAGAUGCUGGAUUGUAUGGAUUCUGAAACUAAACAUGUCCUAAAUAACCUCAAUGCCCUAUGUGAUGUCAAAGAUGCCAGUAUAUUUUAAACCAAAUGCAUCAAUAUGAAGAAUAAUAAAGUGACAAAAUCCAUUAUUAAUGAAAA